ACUAACUUGAAAGCCAAAAGCAAAGCAAAGAGUGUGAAAGGUGAGAAAAAAAACCGUGUGUGCAAAUCACCUCCGUUAAAGGAACCAAAUUGUAAAACACUCUAAAAUUUGGGUGGGUAAUUGUAAAAUAGCUUAGUCUGUGUGGUAAUUACCACAAAAGUGGAAAAUUCAUGUGGUAAUUGUGCAAUUUUCCAUGGAAGCAAAGGAGGAAAGAGCUACAGCGCUGCGUUUAAACUUUGACAGUUGCAGUUGCAGAGAUGGUAUGAGAAGGGCAAACAGCCACAAUCUCUCCCGGUUUUCUCAGCAACCAAUCAGCUUCUUCACCGUUCACCAAAGCUAGCAUUUUUCUGGUCCUCUUUCGGUUUCUUUAAUUUCUAUGCAAUUUCAUAUCUUUUCGGUUUCUUUAAUUAGGUUACAAAUGAGUUGUUGUUCGGAAUCCAAGAUUCGAGCCGGAGGUAGAGAUAGGGUCAGCAAGUUACCGGAUGCAGUUCUUUAUCGUAUACGUUCGGUUCUUGUACCAAAAGAUGCUGUGAGGACUAGCACUUUGUCUACAAGAUGUAUGGGCCUCUGUUCCCAAUCUGAACUUCGACAGUUGAGAUUUCUCCUCCUCUACUGGCUUUUCAGAGUUUGUUUAUUGUGUGCUUUUCUUUCGGGAAUCAACAUGCAUAAAAAAAUUCCGUGUUUUUUAUUCCCUUGCCGAGGAUUUUAGCCAGGAUUUCUCUCAUGCUCAUGGUUGGAUUCGCACUGCCAUUAGGCGUAAAGUUGCGGAACUUGAUCUUUUGGUUGAAUCAGAUGAUGGUGAGAUGUUGUUGUUGCCUUUUGAACCUGUGGUGGAGAAGGUUUAUGGCUAAUAUCCCUACGUCUGGUUGUUUCCCAUGUCUCAAAGUCCUCCAUGUUACAUUUCAUUAUCCUCAAAAUCACUCUGUAAGUCCCCCCUUUACUUGAAGAUUUGAACUUUGACUGAGAUCUUGGAGAAGUAUUUAGCUUUGACAUCUCUGCACAUGAACUGAAGUGGAUAAGAAUAAGUUUUUAGAACUCCAUUUGGUCUUCCAAGUUACAAAGCUUCAAAAAUUUCAUCUCAACGAGGGCCUUUUGUCAAAAUAUAUCCUGGAGGAUACAAAACCCCUAGUCGAAGCCAAGAUUUUUGUCAAUUGGAGGUACCAAGACGAUGAACAAUAUGCAUUUGGUAACCGUAUGCAUAAGCUUCUGGCCGGAAUUUCCACUGCCGAAUAUGUAUUUUUAGGGUUAUAUUUUUAAGGUAAGCAUAUCCUAACUUGUUCUGUGCAUUACGUACUGUCAUUAUGUAUGAUAGAUUGAAAGAAACUCACUACUAUUGUUUUGGUAAGGAAAGGAAAUAAUAAAGAUGCUUAAUGCCACCUGCAUGAAAAGAUUUUCACUUGCAUUAUGGCAGGUACCAAACAUAGCUUUAUAACUGAAGUCUUUUUCCCCUUUCGGCAACUAUGAUUCCAAAUAGUAUAUUAUGCAUGACCAAAUGUUUCAUUUUCACAUGAAUUUCUGUUGGAUUAAUGCUUUAUAUUUCACAAAGGAGUUUUGUUUACUUGAGAAAAUUGAUACUGCUUGCUCCUAUCUGCUGCUUCUGGUUGAAACACCUAAUAGAGUCACUCAAGAGUACACCUGGCCACAUCCAAUGAAGAAUGCUUAGGCGUAAUGCUUGAAGAAAUCUGAUAUAUAUAUCCGUACAGCUUAAUUGGAGUGCAUCAGAAUUUCUACCUUCUUGUUUGUUAUCACAUCUCAAACUGUCGCUAUAAGGGCAGUCAAGGCACGACUAGAUGAGAUUGAAGUAGCAAAGUAUUUGCUUAAGAAUGGUGAAGUCUUGAAGAAGAUGACUUUUCAUGCUCCUGAAUUUGGAUUAACAAAGAGAAGGUAUACAAGCAAAUUUUAAUGUUUUGAAAGGGGUUCUAAGACAUGUCAAGUUGAAUUUAUCGAAGUGACACUGUUGGCUUUAUAAGGGUUUUUAUCUAGGAAUUUAAUUUUAGCUUUGUUGAUGUUUGAAAUGGAAACAAUGGAUGCUUCGUUGAAGAUGAUCUUUUAGCAUGAGUCUGUUAUCAAAGGUGAACAUAAAUAUGCAGUCUUUGUUUUUCGUUGCAUAAAUUCUUCAUAUACUGUAGAAUUAAAAUUGCUUAGGACUUGGAGGGGGGUCAUAUGUGAAUCUCAGGCUCUAUGCAAUGUUUAGAGUGAAGAAUUUGGUCCUGUUGGUCUGGUGUAGCCCAAAGUGGCUCACUUUAUGGGUGCACAUUAUUUUCUCAAUUUUUAUUAUUUCAGUAUGAAUAGGAUUACUUAUUUUCUUCCUGCUAUUGUGCAAGAAACCAUAGAGGGACUCAAUAAACAAGGAAAAUUUACAUAGAUAGAAUAUUUCUAACAAAAACGGACAACUUAUGAAUUCUAAUAAAUACAAAAUAGAACUGAGUGGACGGAACCCUAAAGUGUUCCAGGUAUAAAUAGAUCUUUAUUGACCCCUCAGCCCCCUCAAACUUUCCGCCAGAUGAAACUGAAAACCUAAAGAUCAAAAUUUUGAACCCCAAUUGGCACUCGCACCUCUUUAAGACGACGAAUCAAAGGUCUUACAAGCCUCUACAAGAGCAAAGGUGAGCAAUAAUUGAAACCCUUAAGUCUUAUUUUGAAACCCCCUUCCUUUUCCUUUGUGGUUUGUCACAAUGAAAUGCAUGUUUGGAAUGUAAUCUUUUUAAUUCAAUUAUCAGCUGAAAAGAAUCACUGAUUGCGAGAAAUCCAAGGGUAACAGGCAUAUCAUCUUAUAUAUAGGAUUCCAACUAGGAAAGAGCUUCAUCCCAAAUUACUGCAUCAGAACAAUUCAAAUUUCAUUGCAUGUUUUGCAAACUCUCAUCCAAUUUCUGCAUGUUUUAGGGAGGUGGUAGUGCAAAGGGGAAGGGCCAUUUCCACCAUAACUUCCCCCUUGUCUUUACUCAUUAUGUUGUUCAAUUGUUUUUAGUACGAAGUCAAAUGUGUGUUCUGUUUUGUGCUUCACUCUCGUACUUCAGAGUUGCAGAGAUAGUGGUGGUGACAACCAAUUCAUAUUUUCCCCGGGCCAUCACAGCAGCUCAGCUCUCACCAGGGUACAAAUGAGUUUGAGGCCAAAGCGUCAAGGAGUUAGUGAUAGGAUAAGUGAAUUACCAAAUGAUGUUCUUUGUCGCACACUUUCAUUUCUUCCAACGAAGUACGCUGUGAGGACCACCGUUUUGUCAAAGAUAUGGAAGAACAUAUGGACUUCCGUACCCAAUCUAUACUUUUGUGACAAUGACUACCCUGAUGUUAAUGCCUUUAUGGCAUUUGUGGAUCGUGUACUUGACUCUCAUGACUUAUCACGCAUCCAAAAAUUCUGUCUUCAUUCUUCCUGCUUCGACAUCGAACCGUCUAUUCUUAAUCGUUGGAUAUGCACUGCAAUUAGACACAAUGUUCGUGAACUUGAUCUUUUUGUUCACUCAGAUGCAGAAGAUUAUUUUGAAUUGCCUCAGACCCUUUUCACGAGCAAAAACCUAGAAGUUUUGAAGCUGCAAUUCAAUUUUAUUGCCAAUCCUCCUGCCUCAAAGUGUUUCCCAAGUCUCAAGUCACUCUGUGUUGUAAUUCAGCAUCCUGAAAGUAUCUCAGUGAAGAUGCUUUUUUCUUACCUCCCUGUACUUGAAGAUUUGGAAAUACGGGGAUACCUUGAAUAUUAUGAUGUAGAUGUCAACGUCUCAGCACCAGAACUGAGGAAAUUAGGAAUAAAUUUAGCGUAUGGAAAUGCUGAUGGUGGCAAUGAUCAUAAGUUAUGUGUUAAUGCUCCAAAACUUGAAUCCCUUGACGUCAAGCUGGAUAGCCUGUCAAAGUUUUUAUUGUUAAUCAAUGCAAAUUCCGUCGUCAAGGCAAAUGUUGACCUCCUGUACGAAGAACUGUCCAAUGGUGGAUCUGCAGAUGUGGAAUAUAGUCUCGAGUAUAAAAUGCAGGCUGAUCGUGCCAUUGAUAUUCUGAAAAAUAUCUCCAAUGUGAAGUACCUGUCUCUUUCAAUUCGUAAUUUGGAGGGUGAUUUGCCUGCUUUUGACAAUUUGAACCAAUUGAACCUGGUUUUUUAUGAUUGCGGUUACUGGGGAUUUCUAAUAAAGUUACUCAGUAAAUCACCUGACCUACAACAUCUCGUCUUUGAACACGAGGAUUGUAGCAUAUGCAAUGAAGUAGACUUCCGGCAAGUACUUAAUCCACCAAAGUUUGCGCCGCUUUCUCUGAUGGUGCACCUCAAGACAAUCACUGUAAACGGAUUCAAGGGAAGGCGGGAAGAGGUGCAAGUGGUAAGGUACUUGUUAGAGAACGGGACAUUUCUACAAAAGAUGAUCAUUUCUAUUAAAGGGAUUCCAGGUCAUCUAUUUGACAACUUAUACAGGGAAAUUUUACAGUUUCCAAAGGUGUUCGAUUGUCAUGUUGAAAUGCGAUUGUGGGUUUCAGAAUUGAAUUAUUAUCCAGUGUGUUUCUAGGGUUUCGUUUUAGAAGGUGAUCGGACGUUUGCAGUUUGUUUUUCUCUGGUAUAUUUUCUUGUAUCAACUUUCGAUAGGUUCUUCAGACUCUCUGGGAAUUCGACUGUGGACUUACCUACGGUGAUGAUGAUGAUGAUAGAAGGGGCAAUAUAUAAUACUGUUUUGCAGACGUUGCCAUUUUCUUGAACAGUUGUUAAUCUAGUAUCUUUGUAAUGCCUUUUUUUCUCCAUUGUUAACAUCCAAGGAUAAAGGGACUAUUUUUACGCUCAUUUUGAGCGAUUAGAUUUUGUAACAUUCAAGGGUCAUGAUUACAAGUGGUAAGAGAAUGAGCUAAACAUCACAACGAAAGUCAUUUCUGCUCUUCGCUAGAGAAAGAUGUAAUCCUGAGUAGAUAAUCUUUAGUGGGGUUUGAUUGUUUCGUUUCCCUGAUCGAUUACAAUUAUACUUGAAC